AUGUAUCCGACGAGAUGCAGCAACGGAAAUGCGUUGCGGCAGGCUUUCUGGGUGCUGGGUCGGAGAGAUCGCCGAUGCAGCAUCCCCAAUGCGGUCAUCGGCGAGAAAGCCGGUGCAACCAGAAACUCGCGGCCGUGCUCCGGCUGGGGCCUCCCCCGCACCGGGUGGGGCACCGGGGAGGCAGGGGUUCGGGAGUUUUCGAGCGGAGGAGAUCAAGCCGAAGCGCGAACGAGGGGAUAUUGGGAUGACGUGAUGAGUGAUAAAGUAGAACCUCGCGAGCUCGGAAACAGUGGCCUGAAGGUCUCCAAGAUCAUCCUCGGAUGCAUGGCCUUCGGAACUUCGCAAUGGGAGGGCUCACCUUGGGUUCUCGAUGAGGCGGAAGGCCUUGAACUUCUCAAGGCGGCAUACGACAACGGCAUCAACACGUGGGACACUGCCGACACAUACUCCAACGGCCAUUCCGAACUCGUCAUCGGCAAGGCGCUGAAAAAGUUCAACAUCCCUCGUCAAAAAGUCGUCAUCCUGUCCAAGAUCUUCAACCCCGUCAUGGACGACAACUCGAGGCCAGCCAGCAUCAACGACGGACCCAUCGUCAACCAGAUGGGCCUCAGCAGGAAACACGUGUUCCAUGCAGUAGACAAGUGCUUAGAGCGUUUGGGCACGGAUUACAUCGACGUUCUCCAGAUCCACCGCCUCGACCGCGAAACGCCGCCCGAAGAGAUCAUGCGAGCCCUCCACGAGGUCGUCCAGUCCGGCAAGGUCCGCUAUAUCGGCGCGUCGUCCAUGUACACGUGGGAGUUCGCCCGCCUGCAGUACAUCGCCAAGUCGAACGGCUGGACCGAGUUCAUCUCCAUGCAGCCAUUCUACAACCUGCUCUACCGCGAGGAGGAGCGCGAAAUGCUCCCCUUCUGCCGCGAGACCGGCGUCGGCGUCAUCCCCUGGUCGCCCAUCGCUCGCGGCAUGCUCGCAAAGCCGCUGGCCAAGGACAGCGCGGACAGCACGUCGCUGCGGAGCCAAACGGAUAAGAAGACACAGGCCUGGUUUGCCGACGCGAAUCUGGACAUCGUCAGCCGCGUGGAGGAGGUCGCGAAGAAGAGGGGCGUCAGCAUGGCUCUGGUGUCGACGGCCUGGGUGCUUCAGCAAGGGUGCUGGCCCAUCGUGGGGUUGAACUCAGAGAAGCGGAUUAAGGAGACGGUAGAGGCGCUCAAGCUCAAGUUGACGGAAGACGAGUGCAAAUAUUUGGAGGCGGAAUACAAGCCUAGGGCUAUUCAGGGUAUGUAA